AUGAGCGUUGCCCAAAAUACGCGACUGCCAACUUACUUCAUCGGUCAUGGCGGUGUUAGUAUCAUGUUUAAACCCGAGCACGAAGCCGUCCGACAAGGCUUGCGCGAGCUUGGCAAACAAAUUAAAGCCCUGAAACCCGAAGCAGUUGUUCUGACCUGUGGCGAGUUUGAAGGUGAUAGUGAUGCUAUCCAAGUCAACUUCAAAGAGCCAACCAAAGUGUGGCAUGACCUUGGGCCUUCGUGGAGAAAGACUUUCCCACAUGUGUUUGAGUAUGAUUAUGAGCAUAAAUCCUCCCGCGCGUUGGCCGAGAAGGUUUUCCAACAUCUGCAAGUUCAAGGCGUGAAGGUUGAAAGUACUGAGCGUGAUUUGGAUCAUGGAGUAUGGGUUCCCUUCAAAUUGAUGUUCCCAGAGGGCGACGAAUUGGACGUCCCAAUUUUGCAAAUCUCGACAUAUGCUGGCGACGAUCUCAACGCUCACGUCCAGCUUGGAAAGGCACUAUCAACUAUUCCUGGCCGUAUUCUCCUUAUAGGCUCUGGUAUGCUGUGUCAUAAUCUCCCGGCUACUCGACAGGGAACUAGCGAUACGAGUAUUGCUCUCGGUCUGGAAGCUGCUGCUAGAAAUGCGCUCGAUGCGCCCACUCCCGAAGAAAGAACUGCAAGGUUUUUGGCUUUGCAGAAAAAUGCCGACUGGAUUGAUGCCCAUCCUACUCCAGAACACGUUUUGCCAUUAUAUAUGACUCUAGGGGCUGGGCAUGAUCUGGAGGGGUAUGAAGUGUGGAACGAAGAUAAAUGCAUUAUCGGGCAGUCGUACUAUACAUUCAGGCUGGGUGCACUUCCAAGAGACUAA